AUGGUCUAUUAUAUUCGGUUUCUCAAAACACCACGGUUCCAGAAGCAAAAACAGUCUGCGUAUAUUUCAGCACUGAUAUGCAUCUCGACGGAUCUUGGGGAUGAUUUCCUCGCCGAAGAGGUGGACUUGACCGCCAGCUGGGUUCAACACUCCUCACACAAAGUGCGAGCCCAGACAACUUUCCGAUGGCAAGCUGGGUCUCGCCAAUCAGCCGUCUCGCUGGGGCCUUUCUCGUUGAGCGCGGUGACCGCGCAAACGGCCGUGUUGAAAAUCCAGCUCGCAGACGUGGAGAGAGAUACUUUAGAAGAAGGGUCCAUUCCCUUGGUGAUAUCCGCAAAUAGUGCACCUUUCGGUCCUCAGUGGGAGCCUGCCGAGCCUUUGAUUCGACGAGACUUGUGUAUUCCGGGACAUCUACGACCUCUGUCUAUCUGGGAAGAAACGGGGAAUAGUAUCGCUCGGCACAUCUGGGACGCAGCUCUUGCAGCUGUCGUGUUUCUGGACCGAGUGGUGAGCGGCAGCGAGACAACGAUGUCUGGUCUGACGAAGCUACUGGCCCCCGGCACGGCCUCGCUCCGAGUCGUUGAGCUCGGCGCUGGGUGCGGCAUAGUGGGAAUUGCAGUGGCCACCAUGCACAAGAAUUGUGAAGUGAUUCUCACCGAUCUGCCGGAGGUCUCUGAUAUUGUCAGUCGUAAUAUCAAAGAGGCCUCGUCCCAGCACACAUCGACAUCGGUCACAUUUCAGACCCUUGACUGGGAUGAACCCACGCCUGCACUCGUCGGCGAGACGACUGAUCUGAUUCUUGUAUCCGACUGUACUUAUAACGCCGACAGUCUGCCCGCUUUGGUGUCAGUGCUUGGUCGCUUUGUGCAAGAAUCACCGGAACUGUUAAUCCUCGUAGCCCUGAAGCGACGGCACGAGAGCGAGGCUGUCUUUUUCGAUCUCAUGCGGACUGCAGGAUUUCACUCAUCGCACGUAGCGGUCAACCUGCCAGCACAGUGGGAUCAAAUGGAUCAGAUUGAGAUGUACUGCUAUCAAAAAGCGUAG